CUUUCAAUUUAAUAAUAAUAAUAAAAUAUACCAAUAAAAAUGGAUGAAUUGAAAAAAGGAAAGCUUGAAGAAAGCACCAAGAAGAACAAUGGCGAAAUUAUAUCAUCUUCAGAAGAAAAGUUGCGUUCUUUGUUAGACCCACUUGACAAAACUCAGCUUGUUGAGCUUUUGUCAAAGUUACAUCUGUUAUGUCGUCUUCAUCUUCCAAUGUCGACACAUCUCUUAUGUCCCUAAAUGAGUAUCUUCAGAGUAUUUGGAUCCCACUAAAUCAGAUAAAAUCAGCUACCAACAACUUCGCUGAUGAAAAUCUUCUUACACAAACUUCUUCUGAACUUUACAAAGGACAACUCUUCAUACAAUCAUCAGGAGAAUUCGUCAGUAUUAUUGUACGAGCAAGUCUGUCAUAUGACAUUGCAAUCCAAGAGCUCAAAAUGCUAAAAAAUCUCAGGCAUAAUAAUAUUGUCCCUAUUUUUAAAUACUCUGUGACUGAUUACAAAGCUACUCAUCGGUUGAUCAUAUACAAGCGCGAGGUGAAUGAAAGUCUAGACAAACAUCUAAGUAGCAGCUCAAUGCUGAGUUGGAUGCGGAGACUGCAUAUAUGUGUUGGGAUAGCACGUGCGUUGACUUACCUUCAUUUUGAUGCGGAUGAGGAUCAAAGUGUGAUACAUGGUAACAUCAAGAGCUCCAAAAUAUUACUUGAUCACCACUGGGAACCCAAGUUACAUGGUUUUCAAUUUGCUGUUAUAGCUAAAAGGAACCAGGUUUACCUUAUAGAUACAUACAAAGGCUCAUUGUUAUAUUUGGAUCCAGCAUAUGAAACCACUAGAGGUUUGACUAACAAGUCAGAUGUCUUCUCCUUUGGUGUUGUUCUGUUUGAAGUCCUGUUUGGAAUAACAGCAUCAUCUGUUGUUCCAAGCACCCCAGAUCACGAUGAUAAUUGGUAUUUUGCUCGAAUGGCCCGAGCCUGUUACGAAGAGAAGAAACUGGAUGAGAAGAUUGAUCCCAAUCUACGAAAACAAAUGAACACAGAAUCAUUAAACAUCUUUUCCGAGACAGCAUAUUUUUGCUUGAAGGAACAGCGGUCACAACGUCCAGAUAUGAAAAAAGUUCUCCAAAGACUUGAGCGAGCAUUGGAACUUCAUCGCAUACAUGAAAGUCCUGAACAUUCAAGAGCUGGAAAAGGUACAUCAUCAAACCACUUGAAGGUGAAAACUCUAGAUCACUUAAAAAUUCAAUUAAGUGACAUAAAGUUGGCAACGAACAAUUUUUCCGACAUAUAUUGCAUUGGGUCAGGUGGAUUUGCUACGGUGUACAAAGCACAACUUGACCAUUUUGAUGGCAACAGUUCACCGACCGUGAAUAAAGGAGAGAAAAAAGUUGAAUUGCCUAGGAGGCGUGGCACUAUAGCUAUUAAACGUCUCUUCAAUAGGGUAGACAAAAAAGUUGAAUUGCCUAAGAGACGUAGCACUGUAGCUAUCAAACGUAUAUUUGGUAGGGUAGACGGGCUAGCAGAAAAAGGGUUCCUUGCUGAAAUUGAACUGCUUAGCAAGUGUAAGCAUCCAAAUAUAGUUUCUCUUACCGGCUAUUGUGACGAAGAACCAGAAAUGAUUCUAAUUUACGAAUAUGCUUCUAAUGGAAGCCUCGAAGAUUAUCUGGGAAAGAGUGAUAAGAUUACUAAAUUUACUUGGGUUCAACGUAUAAAAAUAUGCAUUGAUAUUGCAUAUGGGUUAGAAUACCUUCACAAAGUUACAGAAGACAAAGAAUGUAUAAUACACCGGGAUAUAAAGAGUGCAAACAUUCUAUUGGAUGAUAGAUGGCAGGCAAAGAUUGCAGACUUUGGGCUCUCCAAGCUACACCCUACAUAUAUCCAACGUAGCACCCUCCUUAGUGCUAACAUUGGUGGUACCCAAGUGUACUUGGAUCCAGAAUACGAGAAAACUGGUAACCUGAAAACUAGCUCAGAUAUUUACUCUUUUGGAGUAGUUUUGUGUGAAAUAAUGUCUGGGAACUUGGCAUAUGAUAAUAUCUACAAUACAAUGGGACUUCCGUCAAUAGUAAGACAAUGCUUUAAUGACAAAACUAUAGAGGAAUUGGUAGAUCCACAGUUGAAGGAAGCUGAUGAAAAUAUUUAUGGGCUAAAUGAAGGGCUCAAUCACGAUUCGUUAUACACAUUUGCAAAAGUAGCAAGUCAAUGUGUGGCAAAAGCUCAAGUUGACCGUCCAACAAUAGAAGUCAUCAUCAAAGAGCUUGAGAAAUCUUUGAACCUUCAAAAUAAUAGGAAGGACAACCUCCUUGAAGCCAUAAAAUUGGGCACACAAAACUUCAGUGUCUGCAACUGCACUGGAAUAGGAAGAUCCUGGAAGCUGUAUAAAGGAGAAGUUUUACUCGCAAAUGCUAAUGGACGUACCCCCACUGUUGCAAAGAGAUUUGAUAGCGGAUCCGAUGAAGGAAACUCUCAAUUUAUGACAGAGUUGAAAUUUCUUUUUGAGCAUAAGCAUAAGAACAUCGUUGGUUUUGUAGGGUAUUGUAACGAAAUGGGUGAAAAAGUAAUUGUUUAUGAGCAUGCGUCUAAUGGAACACUCGAGAAGCAUUUGGACAAUGCAGAUCUUACAUGGAUGAAACGCCUCAAGAUAGGCCUCGAUGUUGCAAGGGGAUUGGAAUAUCUUCACACAGGUGGCAUCACAAAAGGUAAGUCGAUGAUACAUGGAGACAUCAAAAGCAGUAGCAUAUUACUUGACGGUGAUUGGAGGGCUAAACUUUCUAAUUUUGAGGAGUUAUCAUAUGGCUCACUCAGCUACAAAAAGUUGGGAUUUUAUGAUGCACGGUUAGACAUGUAUUCAUUGGGCGUGGUUUUAUUGGAGAUGUUGGUCGGGAGAUCUGCUUGUGAAGAGGAAAUAGAGGAAUUUAAGAAAUUUUCUUUGGCUAAAAAGUGGUAUAAAAAAGAUGCUCUUGAUGAGAUGAUGUUUGAGGGUAUAAAGGAACAAACUGUGACACGAUCAUUGGAUGCAUAUUCUGACAUCACCUAUAAAUGCCUUCAACAAGAUAAUGGUUAUAAAACUUAUUGGCCAGGUGCUAGUGAGGUGGUUGAAAAACUUACGUUGGCACUGACAGAACAAGAGGAUCAUGAGAUACGGGAGACCAAACUCCCUAAGGACUACGAAAAACUAUCUCAUAUGUCAGGUGAAGGCAUUAUUAUUCCCGGAAGGUUUAAGGAUUUUUACGACAUGCUAUGUGAUGGAUUCUUUUUUCAGGAAGGCAAAGCGUGGUUUUCUUUGGGGAGCAACGGAAAAAGAAAUGUGAUGAUAUCAGCACAAAAACUUUCAUACACCAAUCGUUGGCAACGCAAAUGGCUAUCAAUUCCAGAAUCAAGGUUUCAUGUAGUAGCAAAAAUGUUGGAUACAAUGAAUAUGAAGGUCCGAAUUAAGAUAAAACCUCAACUUUUACUUCCCGGAGACAACUAUGGGGUUCAUCUAGUCUUUAAGUUUAAAUCAGGAAAAUGUCUAGCUAAACAGAUGUUUGUGAACCUAACGUACAAGAGUGGAAGCGAUACUUUACACUCACACUUCGCCACAUUGAGAGAAGACGGGUGGAUGACGAUUGAAUUGUGCCAAAUCCUGAAUUACAAAGAAGAUACUGAAUUCAAAGUUGUACUGGAGAGCUUUUCGCGUAGCUACUGUGGAAGAAGUAGCAUCUAUAUUGAAGGCGUAGAGUUUCGGACCAUAGAAAAGGAACAUGAAGAAGACGGCUCUAAAGAGAUCAAGAAAUAUCAGGAAACUCAAAUACAUGAAGAAAUCAAGAAACCAGAGGAAAUACAACACUUUCCCACUGAUUCUAAGGAUAGAUUGACGAGCACAGGAUUAGCGAUCGAGGGGUUCUUGCUCAAACAAGUACAUUACAAAAAGAUAUGUUUUAUGCUUUUGGAUAUGGAAGCUCCACACCAGUCUUCAAUAGCAAAGCCUUUUCAUUUGAAAUAUUCAGCCGAGUCGAGAUUUCAAGGGGAAAAUGAGCUUUCAAAGCGUCAAGUGUUUGGUAUUAAGGGCAAAAUUGAAAGUCAACUUUUGUCGCCAGAUAAAGAUUACACGUGUUACCUUGUAUUUAAGCUUUCGGAAACAUGUCACGGGUUGCAUUGUCCUGUGAGAGUAAGGGAUGUUUUACAGUGGAAAAACAAAGAGACGAGACUAAUUUGUUUUAGACCUGAUACUAAUGGGGCAAAAGAAAGGGAAGAUGGAUGGAUGGAGGUUCUUGUGUGGAAAUUUAACUCAAAUUCUCAGCUCAGAAGCAAUCAUAUUCCAAUGUAUCUGAAAUUCAUAACUUAUGAAGGAACCAUGUCUGGCCUUAUUGUAAGCGGCCUCGAGAUUCGGCCAAUGUAAGAGCAUCUGUCAAUGUAUAAUGUAUUCCCACCCAUGGAGUUUGGGACUCUAAGCUCCUAAAACCCCUUAAAAACUCAUUAAACAUACCCGCAAAUGACACAUUAUAAGGCGUAAUUAUAUCCUCUUCAGAAGAAAAAAUGCGUUCUUUGUUAUACCCACUUGCCAGGACUCAACUUGUUGAUCUUUUAUCAAAGUUGUAAGAUUUUUUAUCCAUC